GUACUUUUCUGGAGUGCAUUCUUCGUUCGAUUCCAACAGAUAAUCAUUCAAAUGGAUGUUAUGAUGAUGGGAGAUGGCCCCGGUCGUCGCUUGCGAAAAAAUGUGGCCAACGUUAGGCGACAUGUCGAUUACGUUGCUACCGUUCUCAAUCACGCUGAGUCGCGACUGUGGAUGUACAAGCGGUGGCAACGACCGGUUCAACAGCCAGAUGAGCUGUAUCAAAACACAGCAUUGCCCGCUCGGUGUACGCCUGAAAUACCGGUGGACUGCAUUCUUACGAAGUUUGUUAGGGCGGCAAUGAAUAAAGUCAAAUGUCCAGUCUAUAGUUUAUGCUGGACUCCUGAGGGUAAACGUCUGAUUACGGGUGCGUCAACUGGUGAAUUCACGCUAUGGAAUGGAACGGCUUUCAACUUUGAAACAAUUCUACAGGCUCAUGAUUCUGCUAUUCGGGCCAUGACAUGGUCGCACAACGAGCAGUGGUUGGUCUCAGCAGAUCACGAAGGAUUUAUAAAGUAUUGGCAACCGAACAUGAAUAAUGUACACAUGUAUCAGGCACAUAAAGAUGAGCCUGUUAGAGGUUUAUCAUUCGCACCAACUGAUGUAAAAUUGGCAUCUGCAUCUGACGAUGGUACAGUUCGAAUAUGGGAUUUCGCUAGAUGUGUUGAAGAAAGAGCUAUGCGUGGACAUGGAUCAGAGGUAAGAUGCGUUGCAUGGCAUCCAUUCAAGGGAAUGAUAGUGACGGGUUCAAGAGAUUCCCAGCAGCCAGUGAAAUUAUGGGAUCCAAGAACAGGGGAUUGUUUGACAACACUUCAAGAUCAUAAAAGCUCCGUGAUGGCUGUUGACUGGAACAAAAACGGGAACUGGCUGUUAACAGCGGGUCGUGAUCACCUCGUCAAACUCUAUGAUCUCCGCACCAUGAAAGAGAUGUAUUCUUAUAAAGGACACAAAAAGGAAGUUACAUCAAUAUCCUGGCAUCCUAUUCAUGAAGGACUAUUCGUAUCUGGUGGUGGCGACGGUUCCAUCGCAUACUGGCUGGUCGAGAACGAAAAGGAAGUUGCCUUUUUGGAGCAUGCUCAUGAUCAAGCUGUUUGGGCCAUGAAAUUCCAUCCAAUGGGCCAUAUAUUGGCUACAGGCUCGAAUGAUAACAAUACGAAGUUCUGGGCACGCAACCGACCUGGAGACACCCAAGAAGAUAUAUUUGGAUUGGCAUCCUUUACAACUAAUAUGUUGAAUCGGGUUUUGCAGUUUGACGUCAUUAUUCUUUUGCAAUCUUUAUAUUUCGAGUACUAUUUCUUUGUAUGCAUGCAUACACUUGUUGAAAAAAUGAAUCGUGACAUCACGUCAAACCCAGCUACUGCCCACCAUACAAUGCUUCUGAUGCCAGAAGAUUUAAAUGCACGACAUCAGCACAACGCGAAUAUUGGAGCGAAAAAGACUUUAAUUAAACAGCCACCACCCAAGAAAGCGCAAAGGCAAUUCGAACGCAUGUGGAAUGUGUCCAAACCAGGAGGCGGUGGCUGUGAGUUUCUUCUAGAAUUCAAAAAACAUAAUGACCCUCGAUGUCGUUGUUUACAGUUGAUGACUAUGACGAUGAACCAGAAGAUGACAUGUUUCAAAACCAGCAGCAACGGUCGUCUACCGAUGCCUCCUCACCGGGGCUCUCUCCCGCCGAAUUCCUCCACUCCAACUUCCGAUGCAACAGCUUCACCGAACGCAAGUGGAGCCCCUCCAACGAGUGCCCCUAGAAAUCCACUGCCAAUGCCGCCUCAACGACCUCCAUUUCCACAUUUACCUCCGUGUAUGUGCUAUUGCCUAUCUUUUCAUGAAUUAUCUCUUCGUAUCAUUCAACAUAUUAAUGGUGUCAGCGAUUCCACCUGGUAUGACACCGCAGAUGCUGGCAGCAGCCGGCAUAUGGCCGCCCGGUGUUCCUAUGCCUCCGUCGCUAGCCCAAAAGCAAGCUCCUCCACCAUCAAGCAAAGAGGACAUGGAACAGGUUUCUCAUCAAAAGUCUUUAAAUUAUUUUAUCUGUUUUUCACCUCCCUUGUCAACAUUUCAUCUAUUAUGCGUUCAGAGGCAUGCGUUACGAAUAGGAUGACAUGA